AAGGGUUGGUUUUCCUUCCACCUCCCCUUCAUGGCUCCUCCCCCUUCUCUCCUCAUCGGCUGCUUGGGAGAAGAUCCCCUCACCCUGAAGAAUGGAAGAGUCCAUGAAGGAGCUGCACACCUUCUCUGUGAAGGUCUUCACUCUGCAGGAAGAGGUGGAGGACGAGGAGGCGACUGGAAUAACACCUGGACAGGUGGACACUGUUAUGUUCAAGGAGAACGAGGCUCAGACGGAGAUCCGUGGUGGGCAGCAUGUGAGCAUGUGCAGCCAGGCGAAUGGACAAGAGCUCACCCUGAUCCUCACCUCGGGCGCCAGGCCACAGCACCUCGCCGUUCAGGACGCCAACAGAGCUACGGUUUUCCAGCUGACGCUUUGUGAGAAGGUGGAUCAGUGCCGCGUUGGAGGACGGUCUUUUCUGGUUUGUGUCGGCAAACUCAACCUGCUGCUUCAGUUCACAUCGUCCACCGAUCUAAAAAGCUUCCAGGAGAAGCUGAAAAGACGUGAUGAUGGAGAAAGUAGAGAAGGACGCACAGAAGAACCAAAGCAAGGAAGACAGAGCUCUGAUAGGAACCAGAACGCUAUGGAGAUACAUCCGCUUUUAAAUGAACCGAAGGCUGGAGAUCUGAAUAGUGCUUGGGUCCACAACUACUUGUGUCAGCAGCAGAACCUUCUACGGGACUACCUCAGGACCGCCACUUAUCAGAAAGCCUUCUUGGCCAAUGAGGACGACUUUAAGGACAAGGUAGUUCUGGAUGUGUGCUCUGGUUCUGGCAUCCUGUCCUUCUUUGCCAUCCAGGCUGGAGCCUCCAGAGUGUACGCAGUUGAGUCCAGCCCUGUGGCCGAGUACAUCCAAAUCCUGGUCCGAGCCAACAGACUCUCGGAGCAGAUUGUGAUCCUGGAGGGCCAAGUGGAGCAGCUCAGCCUCCCCGUCAUGGUGGACAUCAUCGUGUCUGAGCCAAUGGGCUGUCUGCUCCUCAGCGGAAGGCUCAUGGAGCGGUUCCUGCAUGCCAGACGCUGGCUCAAACCCAACGGCCUGAUGUUUCCCUCCUGCGCUGAUCUUCAUCUGGCUCCCUUCAGCGAUGAGCAGCUCUACUUGGAACAGAACGCUCGAGUCAACUUCUGGCAGCAGAGGAGCUUCUAUGGUGUGGACCUCAGCGCCCUUCACAAUGCUGCAGCCGACGAGUUCUUCCGGUAUCCCGUAGUGGACACUUUCGAUGGACACAUCCUGGUGGCCCGGUCUGUGAAGCACCGCAUCAACUUCCUGGAGUUGAAGGAAGAGGACUUGCACAGGAUAGAGAUCCCUUUUGUGUUCACAUUGCUUCAGUCCGGUCUGGUCCACGGUCUGGCCUUUUGGUUUGAUCUGGCCUUUGUGGGAUCUAGGUCCACAGUGUGGCUCUCCACAGCUCCCAGUGAACCCCUGACCCGCUGGUCCCAGGUCAGGUGUUUGCUUCAAACCCCGCUCUUCACAAAACUCGGACAAACCCUUUCAGGGACGGCUCUGCUGACAUCCAACAGCAGCAAGGAGAGCUAUGACAUCCAAAUCACAGCCACUGUGGACCAAUCAGGCUUCAGAUCCGGAAACACACUGGAUCUGAAGAACUCUUUUUUUCAGGUCGCCACUACUUCAUCUUUGAUUUGAUGCUUUUUUGACGCCGUUGUAACCAAAACAUGAACGUUUCAAAGAUUUUUGCAACCCAUAAGGGAGGUGGUGGAGCAGAGAGAUGCAUGAAGAGUUGAAAUAAAUGGGAAUUUCAGCCAUUUAGGAGAAUCGGCUGUGAUCACCAACCGACCAAUCAGCCGAUGUGCUCGCUUGUUUGUUGUCAUGUUUGCCUGUUGUUUGUACAAAACAAAAAAAGUUCAUUUUGCCCUAAAAUUGUAAAAUGAUUAAAAAAAUUCUUUUGUUUUGUUUCU